GGCGUCGUCCAAUUAAAAUUCAUUCACAAGAAAUUAUUUCGAUUGGCAUAGCGUCCGAGAUAUCUGUGUCUGUUAAAAUAAAUAAAAAAACAAAAAUCUCAUUGUUUUAUUUUGGAAAAAACUCAUUUUGAUUGUUUAUUUUGGUAAAGACGGGGUCCUGUUCGCGGAAGAGUCGGGAUCCUGUUCGAGAAGGAGUCGGCGUCCUCUUCGCGGAAGAGUUCGUUCCGGGAUGAGGCGGGGUUCUGUUCGCGGAAGAGUCGGAAUCCUGAUCGCGAAGUUAUACGUAAAAUAACUUACUUUGAUUUCCACCGUUUGAUGACCAGAGAUCGUGUGUUAUUCUGUCCUUCUAAUAAGUAACUGAAAGAUAUGAACUGUUCAAAAACUGACCCUCGCUUUUCUCCUACACUAAUAAUUAUUGGGUUAUUUCUACAUAAGCAACAUUACAAAUUUAUCGAACCAUGACGGUAUUUAUAUCAGUAUACAUAGACAGUUAAUUUGUUAUACGCGAUUUUUCUCUCUUCGUUCUUCUUCAAAAUUAUACCGGAAAGCACAAAGAACGAUGUUUAGUCAUUUAUUGUCCAUGUUGGUUUAUAGAAUGAUAUGUCAACGAACUUUAGUUUAUGGAGACGUUUAAUUAAUAAUACAAAUCACAAUUAUGGAUCGAUAAGACUUAAUGAGCAACAAAAAUUAUCGUCAUUUUACAGAAAUAUGGAUAGAAUUCACGAUAGUCUAGGCUACAACUUAUAUAGCCUUUUGGUGUUGACUGCCGCUUGUGUUAGUGCCAGUUUAUUAGCUUUUAUCAUAAAUUGGAAAUUAACAUUAGUUAUGCUUGCAGUAUUACCGUUAUUAAUAGUGAAUUGGUUGAUAUUUGCAAAAUUAAUGGCAUUGAUAACAAUGGAUGAAUUAAAGUCAUAUUCAAAGUGUGGCGCAAUAGCACAAGAAAUAUUUAGUUCAAUCCGAACAGUUUUUGCUUAUAAUGGUUCACAAUAUGAACAACUACGCUAUACUCAGUAUUUGGAUUCAUGCAAACGUCAAACUAUAAAAAAAGGCAUUCUAUUUGGAUGUUAUAUGGGUACUUAUUCAAUGAUACUAUUUAUUACAUAUUCAACUGGUUUAUAUUUCGGUUAUCGACUCAUUUUACAAACUAAUGAUCAAAUGAAUAAAAAUGAUUUAAUUGGAGAAAUUAGUUUUGAACUACUUAGCGAUAAUUUAUCUCAAACAAAUAAUGCGAUUAAAGAAAAUAUUGGUAUAGUUGGUGAUAUUGAAUUUAAUAAUGUUCAAUUUUCAUAUCCAACAAGAAAAGACAUUAAAGCAUUAGACAAUUUAAAUUUAGUUGUUAGUCAUGGUGAAAAAGUGGCCUUGGUCGGAUCUAGUGGAGCUGGUAAGAGCAGCUGUUUUCAUUUGUUAUUACGUUUCUAUGAGCCAACAUCCGGUAUAAUUCGAAUCGAUGGUCGUCCAAUUCAAGAGUACAAUGUCACAUGGUUGAGACAACAAAUUGGUGUAGUUAGUCAAGAACCGAUCUUGUUUGGCACGACAAUCUAUGAAAAUAUUCUCUACGGUAGCAAUCAGAAGGACAAAAUAUCGAUGAGUGAAAUAGAAGAAGCAAGUAAACAAGCGAGUGCACAUGAGUUUAUCAUGAAAUUACCAAAUAAAUAUGAUACAAUGGUCGGUGAACGUGGUAUACAAUUAAGUGGGGGACAAAAACAAAGAAUCGCUAUUGCUCGAGCACUCAUCGGUAAUCCAAAAAUAUUGCUCUUCGACGAAGCAACAAGUGCAUUAGAUGAUCAUCAUGAAAAAAUUGUACAAGAAGCUAUUGAUAGAGCAUGUAGAGGACAAAUUAUUGAACGAGGUAGUCAUAAUCAGUUAAUCUUAAAUAAACAAGGUCCAUACUAUCAGAUACUUCACACACAAAAGUUACAUGAUGAAGACAAUGAGGAUGAUUUAUUAACCGUGAAGGAACCUUACGAACAAGAAAGUCAUACCAAAAAUAUUCACCGUCAUUUUAGCAAAGAAAGUAUUGAUGAUGAUAAAGAUGAAUCCGACGAAAAUGUAAAAUCGAAUAUUCCCUUGACUAUACUAGCAGCACACGAAUUAUUAACGGACAGACAGACACACUUAUCUGCGUCCUAA